AUGGAAGAAAUUACUUAUGCUUCAGUUGUUGGAAGCCUGAUGUAUGCUCAUACUUGCACUAGACUAGACAUCAGUUUUGCAGUUGGUAUGCUUAGCAGAUACCAAAGUAAUCUUAGAAUGGAUCAUUGGAAAGUUGCAAAGAAAGUGAUGAGGUACUUGCAAGGAACAAAGAACUUCAUGCUCACAUAUAAGAGAUCUGAGAACCUAGAGGUGAUUGGCUACUCUGAUUCAGAUUUUGCUGGAUGCAUUGAUAGUCGAAAAUCAACUUUUGGAUAUUCAUCCCUAUUAGCUGGGGGAGCAAUUUCAUAA